AGUACUCUAGAGUUGUCUGUCAAACAUGUAAAUAAACCACACGUGCAAAAUAAUAUCAAAUUAGUUUUCAUUCUCUUCUACAAAAAAAGGUUGGGCUGACUUUUGUUUUAAUAUGCCUAAAAGAAAGAAAGAAGUGAAAAUCUUAGCCGAUAAAGAAGCAACUAAAACUGUUCCACAGCUUAAAAAUAAAAAAAACGCUGGAAAAAAAUCAAGUGAAAUACCCCGCGGAAUGCCGAAAUCUGGUAGACCAUGGAAGACCCCAAAAACGAAAUUUACUAGCAUUAAAAAGACUGUUAAUCGUAAUUCAUUUGAAAAGAAAUUAGAGCUCAGAAAUCAACUGCGACAUAUAAAAGAAAUGUCAAAAGAGAUAAAGGAACAACGCAAAGAAGCUGCCGUAGAGAAACAUAAAAGGCGUCAGGAAAAUGCUGAAAGACGCUUGGCAAAUGAACGUCGUUCUGAAGUUGUACAGAUAAUCAAAAAUCCAUCCAAAUUGAAACGUCUGAGGAAAAAACAAAUGCGUCAGAUCGAAAAACGCGAUAUCAGUCAAGUAAAAGUAGCUUAAAGCCCCGUAUCUAUGUCACUUUUAGUUAAUUUUAAAAAUAGUAACUAGUUUAUAACUCUAAAAUUAUAUGCACAUACUAUUAUUAUUAAUAAAUAAAAA